AUGGGGAAUGAGAGGAAAGAGGGAUUUUGUGUGAUGGAAGGGGGGAUUUAUGGGAAGGGAAUAUUGGAGGGGUUGGGUUUGUGUGAUCGGGUUGUAGGGAUAGGGGUUGGGUUAGGGGGGGUGGGAGUGGGAGGGGGGGUGGGAUAUGGGGGGGGGGGGAAAGGGUUAGGGGGGUGGGGAGGGUGGGAUGGGGGGGUUGGGGGUUUGGUAUUGGGGGUGAAGAGGGGUUGUGGGCUAACUGGUUUUGGGGGAAGGGGGAGGAUUGUCAGUGACGGAUUUGGGUGGGGUGGGGUAUUGGUGGAUGUAGGGUGGGGGGGGGAGGGGUUUUUUAGGGGGGGGUGGAUGGGUGGGGGGGUUGGGGGGGGGGAGGGAUGGGGGGGGUAUGAGGUUUAA